UGAAAUUCGCCCGAGCGUUGCGGGCCCCAGCCAGUCUCAAAUUUGACGCCGUAACCGACAGACACAGCCGGGCGCCACGUACCGCCCCGCUCUCCAGAACGAAGCUCUCACCGCCGCCGGACGGAGUCUGUGUGCGGGCGUCGUGCAGUGCGAACGCGAUUCAGCCAAAACCUAAUGCACUUUCACCGUGCUUUCACCGUGCGAAAGUUUUGACCACAGAAAUUAAGCAGCGAAAGGUAAAACCCAGUCGGCCCGAUACAAAAUGGUUGCCGUACAAAGCGGCCAGUAGGUCAGGCCCCCCCUUCCCCCCCUCAGCAGGAAGCUGCUAAACGUGCAACGUGGGCGCGCGGGUGUGCGGGUGCGUGGGUGCGGCGCCUUUCAGUGCGAGUGUGAGUGAGUGCGGCACAGGAUCUGCUACGUGCCUCCAAGAGAAUUUUGUUGGGAUAACUAAAACGCGCUCCGGUGUCGCCUCCGUUGUUGCCUCCGUCGUUGCCGUCGCCGUGGUCGUCGCUUCGAAGAGCACUCCCGGUAGUGAGUGGAGUGGUGUGUGUGUGUGUGUGUUCACCGGGUAAAUAGUGAGAGCUGAGCAUCGAAUAACGUAAAAUCCAUUUGCCGCAAAUUGAGGAAACACCGCGAGCAACGUGCAACAACAUGUGUAAAAGCUAACGAGCGCGUAAACGUGGCAAGUGCCUCAGCUCCAGGGGCAGCUACGGCGACAAUGACAGCACUCGUCGUCAAGUGAAGGAACAUUUUGAUUGAUUUUGAUUGACAUGCCACUCAGAGAGCGGAACACCCACCAAGCAGCUCCGAAAAUGAUGGGGGAAACAAAAUAUUAAAAAAUAACACACACACCCGCCACACACACAGUCCUAAGAGGAAAACACUUGCCAGCUAAAAAAUACUCGUAUUGAGAUAAUUGCCUCAAGGGCACACUGUCGGCGAAAGUGCCACUAAAACAGGAGCACAGAACUCUAUUCAAUGGCCAGACACAAAGUGCAAUCAAAUCAGCGCCCAUAAAAACCGCAUAAAAUAAAAGAAAUAUAAUAAAAAUCCACAGAAUCAGACGACGGGCUAAUCAACUACAAAAACCGUAUCGAACAACCAAAUAACAAGCAACAAAAACAACAAAAGCCACAAAGAAAGAAACGCUGAGUGGGGCAAGAAAUUUUUUUGGUAUAACCAGUGUAUCGGGGGUAAUAUACAUAAAUACGUGUACGUGUGUAUGUAUUGGUGUGCCUCCUGAAAAAAAAGGAUAAAAUAUUCCGUCAUUGAUUUUGCUCGCAGCUCGAAAAAGUUGAUCGCAUCGAGGGAAAAGGAAAAGCAAAAGAAAAAGAAAAAAGGAAAAGUUUCCCCGUUUCGCAGACAUUUUCGGUUUCUGGCGGACAUUUAAGCCGUGGAUGAUUAAAACGAUAAAAAGAUCUCCUUCAGCGAACUACAAGCGAAACUCCACUCUGGAAAGUGUGCCCAGGAACAGCGACAGGAACAGGAACAGGAAAUGCAUUACAUUAUAAUUUCAUUAAGGACAAAAGCCUCUCUUUGCCAUCAGUGAGACAACGUUGCCAUCGGAGACAGGGCUCCCCCCCCCCCCCCCCCCCACGAAAAGGAAAAUAGAAAGGCAGAAAAACAGAGAGGAGAAAGGCAGCCACAAGACAGAAGACAGAAAAGCCGCAAGAGGCGACAAUAGCGAAAGCCAUUGCCUACUUCUGGGCGCUGUCAGGGGAAAAAAUCAAGAGGCUGGCAUUUUUAUGAAAUUAAUACAAAAGGAAAGGCUGUACAAGGAGUACAAGUGGCAGCCAUGACAAAACUGACAAGGACAGGACAAUGAUGAGCAUCACUCUGAAUAUAAUGGCGACGCAGCCACAAUGCGGGCCUUGCAACAGAGCGGCAACGCCCGUCGCGUAGAGACGGCUGGAGGACGUGACAAGAGUCCGAUCAACGUUCUAGUAAAGCAACUGCCACACAGUGAGGGCUAAUCGUAUUGGCGGCAGAGCUUCCAAGCCAUAUUUUUUGACAGGCAAACGUGACCAGGCGGGAUCCCUGAAGGAAAAUACUUAAAAAAUCCAAAGAGUCCUUGAAAAGUUAAACUCAAAGAGAGACAGAGAGAGAGAGAGGGAGACAGAAUGUCUGCAGCUUUUGUGGCUUUGCUGCUCCUCGUGGCCAGCGUCGCCGGCUGCCCGCCGGAGGUCUGCAUCUGCAAGUGGAAGGGCGGCAAGCAGACGGUGGAGUGCGGGGCCCAGCAGCUGGCCAACAUACCGGAGGGCAUGGAUCCGGGCACCCAGGUGCUCAACUUCAGCGGCAACUCGCUGCAGGUGCUGCAGUCGGAGCGCUUCCUGCGCAUGGACCUGCUCAACCUGCAGAAGAUCUAUCUGUCGCGCAACCAGCUGAUCCGCAUACACGAGAAGGCCUUCCGGGGGCUGACCAACCUGGUGGAGCUGGACCUCAGCGAGAACGCGCUGCAGCACGUGCCGAGCGAGACGUUCCAGGACUACAGCUCGCUGAUGCGCCUCUCGCUGAGCGGGAACCCGAUCAGGGAGCUGAAGACGUCGGCCUUCCGCCACUUGUCGUUCCUGACCACCCUGGAGCUGUCCAACUGCCAGGUGGAGCGCAUCGAGAACGAGGCCUUCGUGGGCAUGGACAAUCUCGAGUGGCUGCGGCUCGACGGCAACCGGAUCGGCUUCAUCCAGGGCAGCCACAUCCUGCCCAAGUCCCUGCACGGCAUCAGUCUGCACAGCAAUCGCUGGAACUGCGACUGCCGCCUGCUGGACGUCCACUCGUGGCUGGUGAACUUCAACACGCCGUUGGCGGAGGAGCCCAAGUGCAUGGAGCCGGCCCGGCUCAAGGGGCAGGUCAUCAAGGGGCUGCAGCGCGAGCAGCUGGCCUGCCUGCCGGAGGUCAGUCCGCAGUCGAGCUACACGGAGGUGAGCGAGGGCCGCAACAUGUCCAUCACCUGCCUGGUGCGGGCCAUUCCGGAGCCGAAGGUCCUGUGGCUCUUCAACGGCCAGGUGAUGAGCAACGACAGCCUGAUGGACAACCUGCACAUGUUCUACUACAUCGACGAGAGCAUCGGCAGCAGCGGGGCCGAGGAGAAGCGCAGCGAGAUCUUCAUCUACAACGUGGGGGCCGAGGACAACGGCACCUUCUCGUGCGUGGGCCAGAACAUAGCCGGCACCACCUUCAGCAACUACACGCUGCGGGUGAUCAUCAAGGAGCCGCCGGUGGUCAACGAGGUCUCCUUUCCGCGCGACUACAUGAACUACAUUGUGGCCAGCAGCGCCGGGGGCGGCAUCAUCUUCGUGGUCCUCCUCUGCACGAUCGUGGUCAAGUGCAAGCGCACCGCGGAGCCGGCCAAGCAGCGCAAGAAGUGCGACCAGGUGACGAGCAUAGCCGGCGGCACGGACUCCUCGGCGGGCAGCAACCAGGACACCGGCAUGGGCAUGAUGAAGUGCGCCUCGAUCCUCAACGACGGGGCGGACAGUAUGACCGGCAACGCCGGCAUGCUGCUGGGCGACACCAUGACCCCCACGAAGGCCACCAACGGGGCGGCUGGCGGGGGCAUCAUCCUGGGCGGACAGAUGAAGCAGAACCUCCUGCUGUACGCCGGCCCGAGUCAGGGCCAGCAGCAGCUCCAAUUGAACGUCAACCUGAUGGGCAGCGGGGCGGGCUCGCCGCCCCUGCUGCUGGGCAACGGGCACGGGCUGGCCGCCGCCUACUGCUCGCCCCCCGCCUCCCUGCGCAACUACCAGGAGAAGAACCCCGAUCUGGUCAACGACGCCGAGAGCGUCAAGCACAAGCUGAAGACGGCCGUUUCGCUGGACGGCACCGGGGACUACGAGACGUCCAGCGACUGCGGCCAGUACGAGGGCUGCUACCAGCUGGCCGCCGCCGCCGCCGCCGCCGCCCACCCCCAUCCCCACCAGCACCCGCACGCCCAUCCGCUGAUGGGACGCUUCACCCAGGCCAUGACCACGCUGCCGCGGGGCAUGCAACUCAAGUCGGUGAUGGCGGGCACACACCAGCCGGCGCCCCACCAGGUCGACGUCCACUUGAAUCCCGUCUGCUUCCUCGGACAGGAUGGCUUCGCCUACGACUACAGCAGCGCCCAUUUGGUGCAGCAAACGCCCCAGCAGCAGCAGCAGCAGCAGCAGCAGCAGCAGAUGCAACAGCAGCAGCAGCUGCAGCCAGCAGGACCCCAGCCGGCCGCAAACUUUUACCGAACACUGCCGCACAAUCGGCUGCACAAACAGCAGCAGUUCCAGGGGGCAGCGGCCCCCAACUCGAGCCUCCGCUACAGCCUCGAGGCGGAGUUCAUCCAGCGCGGCCCCGUCAGCUAUGAGAAGUACCAGAUGCCGAAUGUCCGAUUCACCGCCGAGGGCUAUCCGCAGCAGCAGCAGCAGCAGAUGCAGCUCCAGCAACAGCAGCAGCAGCAGCAGUUCCCCUCUCCCCCCGAGGGCUAUAAGAGCGAUCUAUCGAUGCUGCCGGCCCCGUUCCAGCAGUGGCCCAGCUGUCUGCCCGGCUACCGCUACGCCCAGUCACCCACCCAGGCAGCCAUCUCGCCCACCCCACAGGCCCAGGCACCACCGCCUCCCCCACCAGCAGCAGCAGCAUCGACCUCCACAGGGACUGGCACCAUUCCGGAGCUGGACGAGAGCGAGGCCAUCUCGCCGCGACUGGAGGAGACCAGGGCCGAGGACGGGGACGGGGCUGGGGCCGGGGCUGCCGGUGCGCCCCCAGACGCGUCUGCCACGGAGGAGAGUGCCGGCGGGGGGGACACCUCGAAGCUGAAGCAGUUGAACGGUCCCCUGGCGGACAGCCCCGACGAGGGCUAUGUGGGCGAUGGCCAGGAGACGAGCGACAUAUGACAAGGCCCCCCCAACGGGGCCCCGCUGCCAGCUGAAGCUGCCUUAGACGAUUCAGUGGCUCUGUAAAUAGGCAUGCUGAUCAGAUACACACACACCCACACACAUAUACAGACCUACCUACAAAUAUACCUAAAACUCUGGCCAAGACUUCAGUUGGCCCUUCCGGGCUUUCCCUUCCUGUUUGUUGGCUGUUGGCUGUUGGCUCUGUGUAUCCCAUCCGACUUGGCCAACACAAAACCCGCAAAAGAAGCAAACAAAAGGCAGACCCAAGUUUAACCUAAUAAUUGGCACAGCUAGAAAUGGGAAGCCAAAGCCAAAGAGCCAAACCGAAGGAUGAAUACUCCAUGACAAGAUUUUUUCCCACAAUUUUUGCCGAGUCUCUAAAAGUAUGAUUUCCUGUGCAAAAGCAAGAGUUGGCAUUGGGGACCCGGAUUAGGUUAGAGUAUAGAACAAUGGACCCAUGGAGGGGCCUAACCUAAUAAAGCCGAAAAACAAAGACGAGCCGCUAAACAAAAGGCUCUUGUCGCCGAUUGUUUGUUUCUGUUUGCCGGCUCCCUGCCUCCCUGCCUCCCAGCUCCCAGCUCCGUGCCUCGAGUGCCAGGCCCGGCAGCGUUUUAUUUCCGCUGAUGUAAUUGAAAAACUUUUUCAUUUAAUAUAAAGUUUUCAGCGUCUUUCCCCCCGGCCCCCCCCCCCCCCCCCCCC